AUGAAAAGAGCUUUCAUUAUAAUUUGCGCACUACUUUUGAUUAUGGAGGCAAAUUCCAUUUUCUGGCGAAGAAGAAGACGACGGAGGUCUCCUCCGCCUUGCAGCGCUGUAAAUUGUCUCGUCGAUAGCUGGACAAGUUGGAGUUCUUGUUCGCGUCAGUGCGGUACUAGCGGUACACGGGAGAGGACACGGCAGAUAACGCGCGUCGAGUCCUGUGGUGGAACAUGUUCUUACGUGUUACGGCAAACGGAAGCGUGCAACCGGGAUUCCUGUCAAAACGGUGGCACUCCUCAUAGCAGCGGCUGUAGUUGUAGAACGGGAUAUGGGGGAACCUGUUGCGGGCAAGGUGAGUGCAUUUCACUCAAG